AUGGCCAAGACGUUCAUCUUAAAAUCUAACAUGGGCAAGCCAUAUCUUGUAACUAUGAAGGACAGAAAAGAUGGUUACUUCUUCACGCGUGGAUGGAAAAGUUUUGUGAAAUAUCAUGAUUUACAAGUUGGGGACUUUCUAGUCUUCAAUUUUGUUGGUGAUAGAACCUUUGAUGUGGUGAUAUAUGACCCGAGUGGUUGUGUUAAGGAGAAAGUAGCUUCUAACCCUAACAGGAACCCUACCAAGCCUCGACAAGCCAGUGUUGGUAUUGCAAGAAACCAAGAAAAGCCCACCAAAAAACAUGAUCAAGCUGGAUCAUCUUAUUUGUUUGUGAAAACUGAAGCUCCUGAUAGUGGUGGAAGAAUUGGUGCAAAUGGUGAAGAGAUUGGUGGAAUUGGUGAGAGAGAAAGAGUGGCUGAAGCAAUUCGUUCUUUCACACCAAAUCAUCCUGUUUUUAUACAAGUUUUGAAGGACUAUCAAAAGUACGACAUGUUUGUACCAAGGGAUAUUGUUAGAGAAACAGGAUUGGCCAAAAAGAAAGUUGUGGUGAUUAAAGACCCGAAGGGAAGGAAAUGGGAAGUAGGCAUUCGCCCAUCAGAUAAGAGGCGUCAUGUCUAUUUGGGCAAGGGGUGGUAUGAGCUCUCCGAAGCAAAUGGAUUGGUUGCUGGGGACACCUGUGUAUUGCAUUUCCAGCAAGGCAUGAUCAAUGUUCAAAUUCACAGCAAAAAGAAAGGGAGAAUGGAAGAAACGAAGGCAAUCAGGGUUAAAGCCGAAUGA